GCAGACUGGAGGCGCGGCGACUGUGUCUGACGAGAGCUGAAGGAGGCAGUGGGAGGUGGUGGCGGCGGCGGCGCGGGCGCCUGAGGAGGAGGAGAAGCGGAUGAGACUGCAGGGCUCGCCAGAGGCACACACAUCUCCUAGGUGGCACAGGGGCAAGCACAAGGCCUGGCUCCCUGGCCCUGCCCCUGCUUUGUCCUCACGAGCCCCCUGCUCUCUGCCAGAGGCAGCAUGGUCUGCAGGGCACCAUGGGGCCUGACAGAGUGACAGCCCGAGAACUGUGCGAGAACGACGACCUGGCCACCAGCCUUGUCCUGGACCCCUACCUCGGCUUCCGUACCCAUAAAAUGAACAUCAGCCCCGUGCCCCCCCUGCGGCGACAGCACCACCUGCGCUCAGCACUGGAAGCUUUCCUGAGGCAGCGGGACCUGGAGGCUGCGUACCGGGCCCUGACACUGGGAGGCUGGAUGGCCCACUACUUCCAGAGCCGGGGCCCGCGGCAGGAGGCUGCCCUCAAGACCCACGUCUAUCGCUACCUCCGUGUCUUCCUGCCAGAAAGUGGCUUUACCAUCCUGCCCUGCACCCGCUAUUCCAUGGAGACCAAUGGGGCCAAGAUUGUGUCCACCCGUACGUGGAAGAAGAACGAGAAGCUGGAGCUGCUGGUGGGCUGCAUCGCCGAGCUGCGGGAGGCGGAUGAGGGGCUGCUGAGGGCCGGAGAGAACGACUUCAGCAUCAUGUACUCAACCCGCAAGCGGAGUGCCCAGCUGUGGCUCGGCCCUGCAGCCUUCAUCAACCACGACUGCAAACCCAACUGCAAGUUUGUGCCCGCAGAUGGGAACGCAGCCUGUGUGAAAGUGCUCCGGGACAUCGAGCCAGGGGACGAGGUGACGUGCUUCUAUGGCGAGGGCUUCUUCGGCGAAAAGAACGAGCACUGUGAAUGCUACACCUGUGAGAGGAGAGGCGAGGGAGCUUUCCGACUGCGGCCCAGGGAUCCUACGCUGCCACCACGGCCCCAGGACAAGUACCAGCUACGGGAGACCAAGCGGCGGCUGCAGCAAGUCCUGGAUAGCAGUGGCCGGCAGGGCCUGCUGGGCCCGUGGGCCUGUGUUCACCCAUCCCCUCUGCGCCGGGACCUGUUUUGCACUGCCUGCCAGCCCCUGCACCUGCCACCUUGCGGCGCCCGCCUGGACAGCCUGCCCCUGUGGCUCCAGUGGCUGCCUCAGCCCCAGCCCCGAGCGCACCCCCGGAAACGCCGACGCCCCCGGCCCCGGCGGGUCUCAGCACCCCCCAUCCCCCAUGCUGCCCGCAUCUCCCUGCACCGUUGGGGAGGCUGUGGCCCCCACUGCCGCCUGCAAGCAGAGGCCUUGGUGGCCCUGGGCCAGCCUCCCCGUGCCCGCUGGGCUCCCCAGCAGGACUGGCACUGGGCCCGGCGCUAUGGGCUGCCUUACGUGGUGCGUGUGGACCUCAGCCGCCUGGCCCCGGCCCCACCAGCCACCCCUGCCCCUGCUGGGACCCCAGGCCCCAUCCUGGUCCCCAAGCAGGCCCUCGCCUUCACCCCCUUCUCCCCGCCCAAGCGCCUGCGGCUGGUGGUCAGCCACGGCUCCAUUGACCUGGAUAUCAAUGAAGAAGGGCUGUGACGGGCUGGACUGGGGAUGGGGGGCCCUGGCCAGGAGGGAGGGGGCUCUCUCCUAGCUCCCCCCCACCUCCAGAAAAAGCCCUUGGACCUCUGGGAGGCAGCUGACCCUUGACCUCAGCACAGCUCUGACCCUGGGUGGGGGUUGGUUUGGACACCCCCAGGGAUCUGAUCCCUGACCCUUUGUGACUGCUGACCCCUGAGCCACCCCCACCCCGCAGGGAGCCCUGGCCAUUUGUUGCCCUCCCCACCCCUGCCCAGCCUCAAGACUGCAGGAGCCAUCCCCUCCCUCAGCCCCUUCCUCCCCAGGGAGCAAAGCCAUAAGGGGGUGGGGGCCACCCCAUGGCGUCUCCCCAGAAGCCCAGGCCUCAGGAGGAGGUAGAACUGACUUGGGGGUGGCACUCCCUCAAUCUGCCCCCAUGGAGGGGAGUGGGUCUGCUCUCAGCUCUGCAACUGUCUAAGGUGGGGGAAGGUGGGGGGGUGUCUGGGGGCAUGUCCUCCUCACUGCCCCCGAAGGGUCUCAGGGAGGCCGGGUGCGACCUCGUCUUUCUCAUGGUGCUAUCCCUGGUGCUACUGGGGUGGGGGCGCCCUCCCCUCCCCCACACCAGAAAGGGGUAUGUUGGGGGUUGGAAGCACUUGAACUUUUUAUUUUAUUUUAUUAAAACCUUGUUACAAGGAGC